AUGGCGGUUCAGGCCACGCUGGCCGAGCUGGCCAAGCCGCGGCCGGCCGUCGACGGCGUCGUGAUCCUGGGUCAGCCGAUCGAGCGGGUGCGCCAGGGCCUGAUGAACCGCGUGCCCACCAUUCUGGGCCUGAUGAACAACGAGUCGACGGUGCUCAGCCAGAAGACCUUCCCGCCCGCGGCGGCCGCGUCCAACACCCGCGCUGCGUUCGACGCCUACUACGGACUACGUCACCUCCAUGCCAUUGACGCCCUGGCCCAGCUCUACCCGGUUGGGUCGGGCCAGGGCGCCUAUCCCAGUUACUACGCGGCCAUGGCCAAGAUCGACACCGACUGGUACCACUGGUGCCUGGCCUGGCUGUACCACUGGACCUACGAGGCCUCGUGGUUCCCGGCCUACUAUGGCGCCCACCGCAACGAGGACGUGGUCUACUUGACCCAGCAGGGCUGCGUGCUCAACGCGCCCGCGCCGGGCUACUGCGCGCUCUUCACCCCGGAGACCACGCCGGCCGAGAUGCCGCUCAUGGAGCUCCUACAGUCGAUCGACGGCUGGAAGCCCUACACCCGCGGGCUUACCGGCAACGGCAACGGCAACGGCAACGGCAACGGCAACGGCAACGGCAACGGCAACGGCAACGGCCACGGCAACGGCCACGGCCACGGCCACGGCCACGGCGGCCAUGCGUCAAGGUCCUACCUUCUCAUCGAGAGCGGGUCGUCGUGGUGCAUUGACAACGCGCCGAUCCAGACGGCCCAGUGCGCCUUCUUCAACUCGAUCGCCUGA